AUAAAUGGAACAGUGGAAUAAGACUCUGAAGAGAGAGGAAAUUUUCCAUACCGGGAACGUGUCUGCUUAGAGAGAGAGAGAGAGAGAGAGAGAGAGAGGGAGAGAGGGGGGGUGGGCGCUUGGGAGAGAUGGAGGAGAGAGAGAAGCUUGCGUUCAUGGCGAAGUUGGCGGAGCAAGCGGAGAGAUAUGAUGAAAUGGUGGAUUACAUGAAGAGGAUUGCUCGAAUGGAUGUCGAGCUGACUUCUGAAGAGCGAAACUUACUCUCGGUUGGCUAUAAGAAUGUGAUUGGCGUGAGGAGAGCGUCGUGGAGGAUCCUUUCUUCGCUCGUGCAGAAGGAAGCGGAAGAAGGGAGUGAACAAAACGUCAAGAUGAUAAAAGAGUACUUGACGAGAGUUGAAGAUGAGCUCGCGAAGAUAUCCAACGACAUAUUGUCCAUCAUCGCCAUCCACCUCCUCCCAUCUUCCACUACUGGUGAAUCCAUUGUCUUCUUUUAUAAGAUGAAAGGGGAUUACUAUAGAUACUUGGCCGAGUUUAAGACCGGGAAUGACAGGAAAGAGUUCGCAGAUCAGUCGGUUAAAGCUUAUCAGGCAGCUACAAGUACGGCAAUGACUGAUCUUCCACCAACCAACCCAAUCAGACUUGGCCUCGCUCUUAAUUUCUCAGUCUUCUACUAUGAGAUACUGAACUCGCCUGAGAGAGCAUGUCAUCUAGCUAAACAAGCGUUUGAUGAGGCUAUUACGGAACUCAGCUCCCUCAGUGAGGAAUCUUACAAGGACAGCGCACUGAUUUUGCGGCUUCUCAAGGACAAUCUGACAUUGUGGACCUCAGACCUGCCAGAGGAAGGAGGCGAACAUUCCAAGGCGACCAACAUGGAUAUUGAGCAGGAGUAAAUUUGGGCAAGCUAUCAAUGUGAAUGUGAAACCUGUGAAACUCUUGCUAAUGCGGAAACCCAGUAGCUCGGAAAUUUCUUUUUAUCGCCACCAAGGUAGUCAUCUUUUUUCCUUAACCGGUUGGUGUGUGUCUAUGUUUUCCCUUUAAGGUUGUGCAAGCACUAGUUUUUGAACUCAAAUGGCUACCGCAGUUUAUUUUCUUUAUCUUUUUUUUUUUUCUUUUUUUCUUUUUUUUCCGCUAAUCAGUCGCAUGUUACUGUUAUCCAGAGCCUUCUGUAAUGGUGCUAGUUUGGAAUAAUCUUAGUUAUGAAAUUAAAUUCUGCUCUCUUUUUUCCUUUAAAUUCAAA